AUUUUUGUUGAGAAAAAUUCCGGUGUUGUAAAUUCAAUUGGUCAUUGCUGACACUUCAGCUGUUAAGAUGGUCGAUGUGGUCCGAUUGUGACGACACUGUCGCCUUAUGUCAUUUUCUCCAGUGCCUUGAUCUUGUGGCAGACCUGCAGCAUUCUAAACCAAGGUCGAUGUUGUCAUAAGAAUAAAGCAAAACAAAAAUUAUCGAGUGGAGAUUUCGCGUUCUGUUGAUCUAAAUUCGGAACGGUAAAUGGUUGAGAAUUGUUCAAAUAAGGAACACAUGGUUAUUGAAGAAAUGGCUGCGGACACGAAGGGGGAAAUUAUACUGCGACCCAAAUUGGAAAAUUCUAAAAAAACCAUCGCUCUCUUUCAAAAACAGUCCGAUUGCUCUUAUGUGUCCUGUUAUUGCGAAGAAAACGUCUUCAAAUUGGCCCAGCAGGUCGCUUCCAAGUAUCCUGAUGAACUGGACAAGUGUUUUGUCACGUUCAUUUCCAAUCACAGCCGGACUGUGCCAUUAUGGAAACAAAGAGCUGGCAAAGAUGAGGAUCGAUUAGUUGUUUGGGAUUAUCAUGUGAUAUUUUUGUACCAACCGGAGCCGGAAAAGUGUCUAGUUUACGAUUUAGAUUCUGAACUUCCGUUUCCCACAUACGUGCAUAAAUACGUCACCGAAACGUUCAGGACCGAUCACAUACUGAAGCCGGACUUUUUCAGGUACUUCCGGGUCGUGCCAGCCAAUGACUUUCUUUUGGAAUUCGCAUCGGACAGACGACACAUGAAACGCCAGGAUGGAUCUUGGAUUAAGACACCACCAACUUAUCCUGCCAUAACUACGCAAAAAAAUCCCCACAAUUUGGACAACUACAUACAAAUGGACGCAACAAAGGGACCGGGCCAGGUCUACAGUUUGGUCGAGUUCGUGCAUCGAUUCUUCAAACAGACGCCACCGACGUAGCUCACACAUGCACGAUCUUGUACGUUUAUUCAGUCAAUUUUUUAUCGUGCUCUUAAAUGUUGACCGCACAAAAAGCCAAAAAAAAAAAUUAUACAAAAAAAAAAUUUGAAUCCGUGUCUGCAAACGAUUCGUUAUGUCUAAUUAUAAACGAUUGCUUCGAUUUUAACUCUUUACUCUAUCGAUAUCUAUGCACUUUUCUUAUCUUCACUGUUAUACAACUAUAUACUAUUGGUCCAUGUAGUCCGCCAAGUGCUGUCACGAUAAAAAAGUACAUUUUUAGAAAUAAACUUAUUUGAGACCAUUUGAGAACAUUUUUUGAUUCUGAAAUUUCUUUACCCAGUACUUGGCGACUAUCUAGGUUAGUCCUGCUAACAUUUUAUAUAAAUAUAAUAGUUUACAUUGUUUAUACGUAUUUAUACGAUCGAUUUUCUAAAAGUUUAUUUAUUCAUAUACUGUAGUUUUUCUGAUAUAUACAAUUUAAAACAUCAAUUUAAAAUAAAGUUUUAAAAGUAGAUUGUGUGACUAGGUCCUUGACUAUAUUUUUAUUUUGUUGAACAUUUGUGUGUGUUAAAUCUAAAAGAUCAAGAUAAGAACUUUAAUUAAUUUAGACAAAUAUGUGAUAUUUUAAUUGAGUGAAAUUUAUCGUUAAUUAAUGUUUAAUAUUCAUUUUUAUCAAUUGCAAAUUUCAUGAGCGAAAUUAUAUUCUAUGUUUAAACCUUAUUUAUUUUACUUUUUAAUGUUACGACAAUUUCAACAUAAAAUACUCAUGAAGUUUGUUAAAAAUUGACUAAAUGUGGUAGAUUUAAAUAAUAGAUUUCCUCUCUUCUUGUCGCUUAUGAAAGGUUUAUAUUACCUGAUUAAACGGGCCAUGGAUAUUCUUAUUCAAUACUUUAAUAUAUUGAUUAUUAAGACUGCACAUUUGCCUUCCAUUUUAUCUUAUACACAAACGUUUAUAAUCAUCAGUUUAAUUAUAAGCAUUAGUACAAAUAUUUCAUUGUUGGCAAUUAGAAAAAUGUUUACUAUUAAGUUAAUAUUUGGAAAAACUAUUCAUAAGUAAAGUACAAAUGACCAAAGUUAUAAAUUUCGAAAUUUUAAAAAGGCAACACAACUUAAUAGUAAAGCAUUACUAUGUCUGGCUUAUUUAUAUUUAAUUAAUUGUUUAGAUGUCUUGAGUACAAGUUAUAUUGUAAGCAAAUUGUGAAUUUAUAUUAUAUUAUAUUAUAUUGAUAGAUGAUUUAUUUCAAAAGUCAACAAGGCCUAAUUAUAAGUGUUAAUUGUGAUGUAGCUUAUUGUUAGUUAAUUUUUGUAAUGUAUGUUCUAUAAAUGUUAAAAUAUAAAUUAAUAAAGGAUUUGAUCUAUAUAAAAAUAUAAACCUAAUAAAGCACAUUUUAAUAUGUUA